AUGAUCGCUGAGAAAGAUGUGCAACAAGACGAAGAGCUUGGACAACUACUGACACGCGAAAUCGCACGGAAACAGGCCCACACGGCUGCUGAGAAGAAACGGCGAGAUGCGAUCCGCCGUGGCUACGACGACUUGGGCGCUCUAGUGCCUACUUGCGUCCAAGCAGGAAAAAAUCAACUGUCAACAACGAAGUUGUCCAAGGCCACGAUUCUCUCCAAAACAAUCGACUAUAUCGAGUUGAUCAAAGAGGAAGAAGCCGCCCAACAAGAGCAGCUCAGCAAGCUCCAGUACGAAGCACAAGGGCAAAAAAUAGUCCUCCAAAAUUACGAAACGAUGAUCAAGAACCAGCGUCUCAACCCAAGUCAGCAGUCGAUUUCGAGCAACGACCAGGUGAAAGUCAACUACUUCAAGUCGUUGUGCGACGAGCUGUUCAAGAGUUUCGACGCCGAAGUCGACUGCAAGAGCUUCGCGACGCUUUCUCGCGGGAUGCUCCACUGGUCGGAGCGGCAUUGCCAAAAGGAGCACAUUGCGCACCUCUUCAACAACAUCGCUUUCCAAAGCCACAUAGAACUGACGCCUCAAGUCGGAAACGGUCACGAUGCAACGAUUGUACGAAGAAACAGUGGCCAACAACAAUACUUUCCCUAA